AUGUCUGAGAGCGGCCGGAUACCUCAGGCCCGGGCGCUUCUGCAGCAGUGCCUGCACGCGAGGCUGCAAGUACGUCCAGCCAAGGGAGACGCCGAGAGCCAGUGGGUGGAGGUUCAGAGAGGAUUAGUAAUCUACGUGUGUUUUUUCAAGGGAGCUAAUAAAGAACUUCUUCCCAAAAUGGUUAAUACACUGUUAAAUGUGAAGUUAAGUGAAACAGAAAAUGGUAAGCACGUGUCUAUAUUGGACCUCCCUGGCAAUGUUCUAAUCAUCCCUCAAACCACCCUUGGGGGGAGAGUAAAAGGAAGAAACAUGCAGUAUCACUCUAACUCUGGAAAAGAAGAAGGCUUGGAACUUUAUUCCCAAUUUGUGACUCUAUGUGAAAAAGAACUGGCUGCCACCAGCAAGUGUGCCGAAGCUGGGGUUGUGGUGGAACAUGGUACAUACGGGAACAGGCAGGCGUUACAGCUGGAUACCAAUGGGCCAUACACACACCUAAUUGAGUUUUGA